CACCCUUAGACUCUUGGGUAAAGGAAGUUCAAAAUGGCGAGGGACGGGAUGAUGUCCACGUCCACGGGUCUGUCCUACCACACCGCCGGGGAUUUUUACCCCAGAAAGUUCGGUCCGAAGCCGGACGUGGUUCCGUCCGGCGUCACGGAGAGGAAGGUGGUUCUGCUGGAUAAACCUGACAUGGUGUCACUGGACGUCAUCAACAUCAAGGAUCCAGAUAUUCCUUUACACAGAAAGAAGCACGAGCACGACUCCUACAUCUUGGGUACUAUCCAUCCAUUUCGGAAGUCCCACAGAUCAGUUUUUGGGAAGCUUCUGCAGGAAUUCCGAUUGGUUUCUUCAGACAGACGGUCAUGGAGGAUCCUGCUGUUCGGAGUUCUGAACCUGUUAUGUACCGGCUGUCUGCUGAUGUGGUGCAGCUCCACCAACAGCAUGGCUUUAACUGCCUACACAUAUCUCACCAUCUUCGACCUCUUCAGUCUGAUCACCUGUCUCAUCAGCUCCUGGGUCACCAUGAAGAAACCCAGUCAGGUGUACUCGUUUGGGUUUGAAAGGCUGGAAGUUUUGGCUGUUUUUGCUUCCACUGUUCUCAUCCAGCUGGGUGCGUUGUUCAUCCUGAAGGAAAGUGUGGAGCGCUUCAUGGAGCAGCCUGAGGUCCAUACUGGUCGGCUGUUGGUGGGGACCUUCAUUGCACUCUUUUUCAACCUUCUGACUCUACUGUCCGUCAGGAACAAGCCUUUUGUUUACGUCUCAGAAGCGGCCAGCAGCAGUUGGCUUCAGGAGCACGUGGCUGAUCUGAGUCGGAGUUUGUGUGGCAUCGUUCCAGGCCUCAGCAGCAUCCUGCUGCCCCGGAUGAACCCGUUCGUCCUGAUUAACCUAGCAGGAGCCCUGUCACUCAGCAUCACCUACAUGCUGAUAGAAAUCAAUAACUACAACGCAGUGGACACGGCUUCGGCUGUUGCCAUUGCCCUCAUGACGUUCGGCACCAUGUACCCGAUGAGUGUGUACAGCGGUAAAGUUCUGCUGCAGACCACGCCCUCUCACGUGAUUGGACAGCUGGACAAACUCCUCCGAGAGGUGUCCACCCUGGACGGAGUUCUGGAGGUUCGCAAUGAGCACUUCUGGACUGUUGGAUUUGGAUCUCUGGCUGGUUCUGCCCACGUUCGGAUCCGCCGUGACGCCAACGAGCAGCUGGUUCUGGCUCACGUCACCAACCGGCUGCUGCCACUCGUCUCCACGCUGACGGUUCAGAUCUUCAAAGACGACUGGACCAGACCUCUUCUCACCAGCGCCCUGACCUCCCCAUCUGCUGCACCUCCUCUGGUUCCUCCUGAAGGCUUCACCUCCUUCUCCUCCUCCUCAUUCCCUCCAGUUCUGUUCCCCUCAGGAAAAGGAGAGUUUGACCCACUCACCUCCACCCCCUCCAAACCCAGCAGCCCUCCUCCUGAGUUCUCCUUCGACACUCCAGGGAGGAACAUUCAGCCGGUGGUGCUGCCCGCUCCGGGUCCCCCUGCCCACCGGCCCUAUGGAGGACUGGGUCUGUCCUACGGAGCGGCGCCGUACGCAGGGAUGCUGGGGCAGGGUCUGGUGCAGCCUGGGACAGGGAUGGGACUGGGUGUCCAGGGUCUGGGAGCUGGGUAUGGACUGGGACUUCCUUCCUCUCAGAGCUACAAAACUGCAUUUGGAGGCUCAGCGGCCCCGCUCCGGUUUGGAACUGGCAACCCUACAGCACCACAGAACAGGCAGUAUUGACCCUAGUGGAGCCAGCCUGCUCCUGGGUCGGGCAGCAGAACUAAUACUGGGAGCAACGCCCUCCCUGCAGGAAGACUCGCUUCAGGCAGCAAAAUGUAUUUUUACCGUAGGAAAGCAUCAGGAGCCGAGCGGACUCUAACUCUAAACAUUUAUUCACAAUUAGUCGGAUUAGAAGAAGAAUUUGUGUAAAACUUUAUUUAAACAUUUCCCUCAUUAAUCACAAAUGAGACGAGCUUCUUAAGGAGAAUUCUGUGCGGCUCGUUCAUUUUGUACAGGUGGUUUUAAACAGCACAGUAAAUUCAUAGGAAAAAAUUCAAAGUAAAACAAGUCUGUUGUUGAAAGUGUAAGGUGGGCCAUCUUAUUCCAGCCUCAGCUCCUGGGUUACGAUAAAACUGCUGCUGUUGUUUUCAACCCAAAACACAAACCAGUGGUUUGGAUGUGAUUUAUUAUCAUUUGUUUCACUCUGAUGUUAGUUUUCUGUUGAAAGCCUGUCAAACUCGACUCCUUUAUCGGGGGAACCACACCAACGAUGGGCAUCUUGUGGGCUGAGAUGAGGGUUCAUGGGAUUAAAGCUAUGCUGGAAUUAAAAGAAGAUUUGACUGUA